ACACGUGGUUUCAUACCAUUGGAGGUUUCAACAAGUCUCUCAUUGGGCUUCUAGAGGCUUCCUUGGAUCCGAAGGCUACACACCUCACAAAAACGUUUGAAUCGAAACGCAGAAAGGAAAGAGAAACGGAGGAUGUCAUACCUGCUACCACACCUGCACUCUGGAUGGGCCGUAGAUCAGGCCAUCCUGGCCGAGGAAGAACGACUCGUCGUCAUUCGCUUCGGCCACGAUUGGGACGAGACCUGCAUGCAGAUGGAUGAAGUGCUGGCAUCUGUUGCUGAGACAAUUAAGAACUUUGCUGUUAUUUAUCUUGUGGACAUCACGGAGGUGCCCGAUUUUAACACAAUGUAUGAGCUGUAUGACCCAUCCACAAUCAUGUUCUUCUUCAGGAACAAGCACAUUAUGAUUGACCUUGGCACUGGAAAUAACAACAAGAUUAACUGGGCUCUCAAAGACAAGCAAGAGUUCAUUGACAUUGUGGAGACGGUCUACCGUGGGGCAAGGAAGGGACGGGGUCUGGUGAUUGCUCCAAAGGACUACUCCACCAAGUACCGCUACUAAGUCCAUGUGCUAGUUGUAUUUGACUUGAGGUUUGUAAGAUCAGAUCUUGAAAACCUGUUGCAUAAUAUUGCACAUUCUCUGGAAGUUGUUGAUUCGAAAAUUUGUAAGAUUAGAUCUUGAAAGCCUAUUGCUUGAAACUUGAGUUCUCUAAAAAUCAAUGUUUGGUGAUAUCCUUGAUUCAAGGAAUUUCACAAGGAGUGGAAAUGCUCUAUUUAAAUUAAAUAAUAGCCCUAGCAUUUAAAAUCCAAAA